AUGUCAAAUCCACCGACGUUUGAACGCGAUAGAAUCAAUUACUUGAAAAACGAAAGAAUUCUCUCUCAGAAGAAGACCUUUACUAAAUGGAUAAAUUCAUUUUUGAAUAAGGUACGUUAAUUGGUAUAAAUUGCUACUCAUUAGUAUGUAUGUUGAUUUUUACUGUUAACCAACAUUAAUGCAGUCAUUUGAUGAUUCUUAAUACUGUAUCUAGUUAUACUGUCAUGUUUCGUAAAUUUUUUUUUAGCGGCAAUCGCAACCAUAACCUUUCUGUCAUAGUUGUGCUCUGUGCAUGACCGAGACAUCCUUCAUACUAGCAUAAAGCCGGUUUUCCACUAGGCGCUAUUUUGCGCAUGCAGCGGAAAUCUUCUUUGUCUUUUCUAAUUAGUUCCACCCGAGAAAUCACAAGACAAAGAAAAAUUCCGCUCUGUGCGCAAUAUUCCGCCUAGUGGAAAACCGGCUUUAAUUUUAAAAGUCUUCAACCCAGUCAGGUUGGGCUGGUGUAAAUCCAUUUACCAAGUCAAAUCUGAGUCAAUUCCGUGCCCGAGUCAAAUGUCUGAGUCACAUAAAAAAGAUGAAAUUGAAUAAAAUUAGGUUUAGGAGUAGGGUUAGGACUGGGUCACAGAAUAAAGAUCAGUACCAGAAGGGCCACUCAGCGGUGCAACGUGUCACCAUUUUUCUAUGCAAAAAUAUGCAGUUGACUGGCCAGAAGGCGGGGCCUUCAGCCAAUACAGCGCGUUUAUUGGCCAGGAAAUGUAAUCGACUGGCUAGGAAGAUGGCGGCCAGGGUGACAGAAACUUCAAAGCUUCCGACAUAAGUGGCCCUUCUGUGUGCCUUAUUCUGUGACUGGGUACUAAGUCAUUGAACUGCAAAGACCACUAAACAGUGACUUGGACAUUUGACUCAGGCUCGGAUUUGACUUGGACUCGGUUGGGCUGUGUCUUAGUUCUGCAGUGCUGUCAAUGAUAAAUAAGGAUGAUUAGCGUCACCUAUUUGUCAUUGCAUUAAAGACUGUCACAUAUAAAGAAAUUAAUAAUAUUAUUUUCUUUGUAUGUUGUUCAUCUGAUUUUUAAAACAAGUUAUGUCACUGCUUAAAAACAUGAAUUGCCAUGCCGCUUUCAGAAUUUUGUUAUUGUGUUUCUUCUUCCCCAUGUCACUGUCACAAUAUAGACAUGGUUUGUGUCCAAUGUUGCUCAUAUAGUCUUUCAGAAUUUAGCCUAACAGGACCUCAAAACUGCCAGGUGGUUCCCGCAACCUUGCAAGGCUCUUUUCAAUAUAUAUAUGCAUUGACCACCAUAUAGCGUGGUGCAGAAGGAUGAGCUAAAGAGCCUGACUUGCGAGGUUGGUGGUCCCAGCUUUGCUUGCUGGUAAUAAUUGGUGUAACCGACCAUCAUACUAUUUCCAAGAAAAGUACUGCUUUACUAAAUAAUUUGAGGAAUUACAGGGUCAAUCAAUCUGAAAGAUAACGAGAAAUUUAAGUUUCAAGCGAAAGCCGAUCUAAGCCUGCGUUGCAUAUUUCAAAACACAUGUUUUGUACAUGUGUUUUGAAGUGUGCAACGCAAGCUAGCGAAAGCCUUGAUCUGGAAGAUUCAUGCAUCCCUAACACAUUGAGUGCCAGUACUCUCCCCUUGACAAGCAAAAUCAUCCGGCUUAUAAGACAGAGUAAAAUAACACAGUAUGGUGCAUUAGGGCAAAGUGCCACUUAAAUUAGGGUUAACAUAAAUUCAACAAGACAUAUACUUUAGGCAGAUAGUCUGAUUAACCUAUUGAGUGUUGGGCAUUCUCCCUUGAUGAGCAAAUUGUCUGGCAUUAGAGUAGAUUGUACUUUCUGGGGCUGUUUCCCGUCCAUUGACCUAUAUGUACAGUAUGUACUCUGACAAAUUAUGAUCAUGGCAUUUCAUUUCCAGAUCAACUUACAUGUGAAUGAUUUGUUUACUGAUUUGAGUGAUGGAAAAGUUUUGAUAAGACUUUUAGAAACAAUAUCUGGUGAAAAAAUUGGAGCUCCAGGUAAUACAUUAUAUUAUUCCUUGCACUCUGCCGAGAGCUGCAGCAAUGGUGAAGCUUGCAACGGCAACUGGUCAUGCUAUGCCAGUAAACCUAGACUGCAUAGUAUAACCUGUUGCUGACCAGCUUUGGCUGCUUUGCCACUGGGCUGCAGUUUCCCAAGCCCACACUGCCACACUGGAUGGUCUGUAAAUCUGAUCCAUGACCAGUGCCCACUCGGCUUUUCCCCUACCACCGGUCUAGCUUAGAUCCAUUAAUACACCCUUCCCGAAAGUAUGUCACUUUGGCUAUAGAGCCUCGUUUUCAUAUACAGUAUGUAGGAUGAGGCGGUUUUUCGGUAAACUGAAAAAAAAACUAUGUUUUUUGAAAACCGAAAUACUCGAUGUUACUUUUGGAGAAAAACUGUAAAAUCCGAAAAAACCCGGGGGGAAACGAAAAAAAUCGAACCAUACUUAUACGAGUUUGUUGCAAAUGAAUCAAGUUUUGGCAUUCACACACGAAAAACUAAAAGAGACUCUGUUUGAAAUUUGAUAACGUCUUCAAAAUACCUUACGUUUAAUAUCUUGCGUGAGUACUGAGUAUAUAGCGUGUUGUGUCUUUUUUACCGUAGUUUCGAUUUUCGAAUGUAUUUUUUUAAAAAACCGGUUCACUCGUUUUUUUUUUGGUCGGUUUUCGUUUUUUUGUGGAAAGCGCCUCACGCUAACAGUAUGUGACACUAGUUAGGCUCAAUAGCCAAGGUGAGUUCUUUCGGAAGAGUGUAUUACUGUAUCUGAGGUCAGCAAUUCCUGUGAUCCAAUCUAGUGAGUUUUUCAAGCCUGCAAAUGACAUUUAUUGUUGUUUAAACAUAGCAGAAGGAAUAUGAGAUAUUGCCUUUUUAAACCGUUUCUUCCACCUGUUCGUAUUUUUGAAUACUUGAAAAUGUGCUAAAAAUGAUUUAAUAAUUUUACUAGCACGAGGCAAUCUAAGACUGCACAAGAUAGAGAGUGUCAGCAGAGCAUUGACAUUUCUUCAGAAACAUGUAAGUUUUUAUGGAAAAAUUAUAUACACUAACAGGUGAAGGUAAUGCAAAGUAUAUAAUGAAAGCAAUUAAACAAUUGCAAACAAUAACCAUAUAUUGGUGGUGUAUACAGCACAACACGCAGAUGUAGCGCGCAAAUACAGUAGAUAUAACACGUAAAACUAGCACACUAGAACACGUACAUAGGUUGUACAACACGCACAUACAACAGACAUAUGACACACACUACCCAUAUUAAUUGUAUUAAUAUUACCCAUAUUAAUUGUAUUAAUUAUUACAUGUAUUAAUUUGUAUUACGCGCGGGAAAAUGCAUCAUAUUUGGGCCGAAAUUAAGUGGUGCAUUUUCCCGUGCGUAAUACAAAUUAAUACAAAAUUUGCAAAUUGCGCAGGGCUAAAUUUUACAACAUUUUACAACGAAAGUUUGCAAUUUUACUAAUUUUAACAUGCUCUUUCUAGCUGUGCUGAUGGAUUAGGUUCUUCUUGCCUAGAACAAAAUUUAGUCUAUAGCUCAUGGAAUCAUUUAUUCAGCUUGUGCCUCUGUUUGUGUUGUAGGUUCAGUUAGUUGGUGUUGGUGCCGAGGACAUCGUGGAUGGUAAUGGAAUGUUGAUUCUUGGUCUGAUGUGGAUGAUUAUCUUAAGAUUUCAGAUUGCAGAAAUUUCUGUGGAAGUAAGUUACAGGACAAUGAUUAUACCAUACUGGUGAAAUUGUGUUCUGACAACAAUGGCCAACUUUUUUGUAUAGGACGAUGGUUCUAGUGAAAGAAAAUCAGCGAAAGAAGCGUUGCUGCUCUGGUGUCAAAGAAAAACCAAAGGGUAAUUGUACAGUAGUUAAGACUAACAGAUGAAGUCACUGUCAGGGCAGAAAAAAAUAAUUUUCUUCCUGGGAGCACAACCUGGAGACAAAAAUUUCCUGCGCUAAAUCUGCAUGUGCAUAAACAUAUAGUGUUCUAGCUGACCAUGGUUUUAAAUUCCAGGAAUAAUGUCUGUCAACCAUAUGUUGUUGCGCCCAUAGUGGGACAUGGGUGUUAAGGUUUCCUUCAAAUUUUCAAUAGCAAAUUUUCAUUCAAACGAAUUCCCUGCAGCUGUUUAAUAUUUCCUGCGAGCAGUGCUCGCGUGCGCACCUGUUUUUUUCCAGCCCUGAUCACGGUACAGGAGUGAACCGAUUGCAUGAAACUCUUAACUACUAUUUUGUAGUUAAAUUGUAGUUAACUCGAAAAUUAAUUGGUUUACUUUCGCAGUAACUGUAGUUAACUUUAUAUUAAACCUUUUUAUACACCAGCCCCUGAUAUUUAACUUUUCCGUACACUAGAUAUCCUGGAGUGGACAUUCAGAAUUUUAGUACCAGCUGGAAAAAUGGUUUGGCAUUCAAUGCAUUAAUACAUAAACACAGGUGAUUGCAUUGAACACAAGAUUUUUGUUUUGAUUGAAAUUAUAUUUCCAACCACGUCAAAUACUGUGCUACAUUCUAUAUUCAUUUCCUUUGAAGGCCGGAUCUGAUAUCGUACGAUUCACUGAGACCAAGUAAUCAUGAAUUCAAUAUCAAUAAUGCUUUCGACGUGGCUUGGGGCAGUCUUGGCAUAGCAAAACUGCUGGACGCGGAAGGUAACCAAUCAGAUUCGAAUUUUUUUAAAGACGCAAAAAAUUCAGAGUACACUUAGCGAUGGAAGAAAUGAUGUUUCUGAUGUUACUCUGAGUGUAUAUCCACACCGGGCAGACUGAAAAGUUCGAACGAACCCGCGAAUCAGAAACAUAUAUUUACCUGAGUACAUAACAUUAAAACACACACAUCUCUUAUGAUCAUAAGAACACAUCGGUAUCGAAGAUACUAUAUAGACGUAACAUCACAAACAUCAUAUUCACCAGACUGAGAGUACACAAGACCAACACAGAAAAAAUCAUAAUAUAUAUAGACUUAGUUCCGAAAUACCACACACUUGAACUGACUUGACCUCGUAGCGCGGUUGGAAGAGCAUAAAGGUCGCGGGUUCAAUUUCCACCGUGUUUAGGCAAACUUUUCAGCCUGUCCGGUGUGGAUAUACACUCAGUACAUAACAUCAAAACACACACAAAAAAUAUGAUGGAAGAAAUUAUUUACAUAAUUUUCUCGACACUUGGAUGCCGUAUCUGUCAGAUGAUCACACCAUAUUCAGCACGAUAUUACUUGGUGAAUUGUAGAAUAUUGUAGACGUAUUAAUACUGCUCAUACUGGACUUCAACAUUCGUUUAUGAAUUGUUGUUUUCUUGUCAGACGUGAACUGUCCACGACCCGAUGAUAAAUCCAUCAUGACCUACAUCUCUGCAUAUUAUCAUUAUUUUGCGAAAAUGAAAGUUGAAGAAACGGGCGGUAGAAGAAUUGCUAAGGUAAAAAAUGAUUUUCAAAAGAAGGAAGGUCAACAAGCAUAUGUAACGAAUGAGACGUGUUUUUAUUAAAUAUUCGGCUAUCAAUGAUUCCUCGCCCUCAUUUCAACAGAUUGUUGGUGUGAUGAUGGAAAUUGAUGAGAUGAAGAAGCAAUAUGAGAACAUGGUGACGUCGUUGUUGGAAUGGAUACACAAGAAGAUCUUAGAACUACAAGAAGAUUUUACAAGAUCCUUGCCUGUUGUUCAGAAGGAAAUGCUUCGGUUUAAACAUUUUAGAACUGUUGAAAAACCGCCAAAGUGAGUUCGCUUGGAGAAUUUUAAUUUGUGAUCGCCAUACCAUUCAUUAAUUUAAAUGUACCUGUAAAUUAAAGACAGUUUGUUCUGGAAAUUCGUAUAAGAAGAGUACUUCCAAUUUGACUUUACUAAACACUGUAGGUAUCAUAAGGCUUAUCAAGACGACCUUUAUUGGACCUUUAGGAAGAACAGUUUAGAAGUGAUUGGGCUAUCCAGUGUAAAAUUUGUUUAAUUAAAGUUUCCUGCUGUAGUAUCACUGGACCAGUAAAGGAUUAUCCUUACGUGACCUCUAUGGAGGAUGGUUCAGAACUGAAGAAGCUAUCUAGAAGAAAUAAAGUUUAGUUAGUUACUGUAAGUUUAAUUAUUCAACUAUUUUGGUUAGAAAUACAGAGAGAAUGAAUAUUGAGCUGCAUCUGUUCGCCGUCAAUACAAAGAUUCAAGCGAACAAACAAAGUCGUUAUAUCGUACCAUCUGGCAAGAUGAUAGUUGAUAUCAGUAAAGCCUGGGAGAACAUGGAAGGCGCUGAACACGAGCGCGAGACUGCUCUUCGAAAGGAACUAUUGAGGUGGGUUACUUGUAUUGUAAUAACUGCACAUAAAGGGCAUGUGCCUCCUACCGAUCCCUGCAAUAUACAGUUGUCUGUUUAUGAUUUCAUCUCCAUUUUGGCCCUACCAAAUCUACUCUUCAUUCCAGUUUGACUCUACCAAACACAGUAGGUUUUAUAUUGGUACUCCGUUUUCCUCGUGUAGUAACACUGGAUCAAAAAGAGAACGGAAAAGCGAGAACUAAAUAAAAAAAUAAAUUUACAGUUAUAUUUUACAUUUUUCAGACAAGAAAAUCUCAGACAGUUGGCGGAAAAGUUCAACAGAAAAGUGAGUUUUUUCCUCAUUUCGGACUAUUUCUUAGCUUUGGCGAAUUAUGAAGAUCUUGAUAUUUUUAGCGUGGUUUGAUGUUAUGUAUACUCAGGUGAAUAUAAUGUUUUUUUAUGUUACUCGGAGUGUAUAUCCACACCGAACAGGCUGAAAAGUUAGCCUGACCACGGUGGGAACCCACCUUUCCACCCAACUUUUCAGCCUGUUCGGUGUGGAUAUACACUCAAAGUAACAUAAAAAACCCCACAAAAGAGACAUUAUGAAGAUCUAUUUCGUUUUUUCCAGGCCAUGUUACGGGAAUCGUGGCUAGAUGAUAUGAUGCAUGUGCUGGAACAAGAAGAAAGUGGCGAUGAUAUUUCCACAGCUGACAGUACUUUGAAGAGACAUGAAGCUAUUUCACACGAUAUACAAUCAAGGGUAAAAUCAGCCACAUUUACUUUCGCGAUUUAAACCUACACAAGGAAUUAAAAUUCUUCACAAAAAGUGAUGUAAAGUGCUUUGUGAUGUCUGUUGAAAACCACUUACAGUAUGUGUGAAUACCUAACGUGCAAUGUUGAAGAAAAUAUUUUAUGUAAAUAUUUUUGUUUUUAGGAAGAUAGGUUUAACGUUGUAUUGUCCAUAGUGCAACAACUUGAGAGUGAACAGUAUCAUGGUAUUGUCGCUGUUAAGAAAAGGUAAACAACAAAAAAUGUUGCCCUCGCUGCUCUGGUUUAGGUAAUAAGUGCAAUCCUUGAAGAAAUUAAAUUGAUUUCAUGAUCCGACACUCCAGUCUAGGGAGUACAUAUACAAUGUACUGUGUGCAUAUUCUGAUGCUUGCUGUUUAUAGGGAAGUCAUAAUUAUAACCAAAUGGACAAAAUUAAAGAAACGAGUAGCAGUUCGUCAUAAGAAGUUGCUGGAACUUGCGAAACUUGUUGGAGUAUUCAGGGAUAUUGAAGACGUAGGAGGGGCCUUGCAGAAUCUUGAGGUGAUGUACAAUAUACGACUGGGGUAUAGGAUUUGGAAAAUAACUUGAUAUCGUGAAGGAAGGACUAACUAACCUAAUUUUAUUAGACUGGAGUAGUCAAUUUCUCAAUCAGUCGAGGCUCAUCUAACCAGUGCGCCACCAACAUCCCAAGAAAUUCAUAAUAAAAGCUUUUCUUUUUAUAGAUUCCACUAAAAUCGAUCGACUAUGGCAAGCAUUUGGCAGAUGUGGAAAGCUUGCUACAGAAACACUUGAUCGUAGAGAAAGAAAUCACAAUGCAGUCUCAGAGACUGAGAGAAAUUGAUAAAAAAUAUAACAGUUUGAUGAACGUAGAUCAUCCACAAAAGAAUGUCCUGGAUAAACAUUAUAGAUCUCUGAACGAAUUAUACAAGGUAUAAUAUGGACUCGCAUAUUCUAAAUCUACUGCAGCACUACAGUAGAUUUGGCUCACCUGAAGCGAAUUCGGAUGUUUCCGAUGGUCCUUUUUCAGAGAGUUUUAUUUUUCCAGACAAUAUCAUCGUUGUCAAACGAGAGAAAGUUGAAGCUUGAAGAAUCUCGUCGCCUUCAUGCAUUCUAUCAAGAAUGGGAAGAAGAAGAUAUUUUUAUCAAAGAGAAAGAAAGAGAAGCGGUUUCUAAAGACGUUGGAAGAGAUUUAGUCAGCUUAACACGGUUGUUGAAGAAACACGAGGUACAGAUGGACAAACAUUUAUUAAUAAUUCAUUAAUAAUAAUUUAUUAACAACAGUUAGAGGCCCUAAAAUGCUUAUUGUGGUUGUUACAUGUUUAGGAAUUUAUAUACUGUAGUACUCGUUUAAAUAUCCCGUUUAAAGGCCAUUGGUCCUGGGUAUAUCGUUGUGGAGACAUGUCAUCCCUUCUACAUGUCAUUGAUAAUUUUUUACGUUUUGCUUUUCCACGUAAUUUGCAGGACUUGAAGGCCACCGUUACGAAACAUGAAAAAUCUUGUGAUGCAGUUUGCACGAAAGGCCAGGCUAUGAUCGAACAAAGUCAUUAUGCAGCAAACGAUAUUCUAAUGAAAGUGAAAUUACUUCAGAAUAAUUUUAGUCACUUGAAGGAAUUGGUUGAAAUCAGAGGUGACAGAUUGAAAGAUGCCGUGCAGUCACUUCAGGUAAAACCUCUUCAGGUGAUAGCCUGUCUUCUGAAAGGAUUGGUUUUGUGUGUUUAUAUUUGUGUGUAAAGUGGUACAAUAGAUUAGUCUCAUUAGUAAUUUUCAUGAAUAUUUUAGUAUUAUUCGGAUGCUAAUGAUGCUGAAUCCUGGAUAAAAGAGAAAAACGUUUUGGUUGGAAGUGAAGAUUAUGGUAGAGAUGAACAAACAGCACAGGUAGAUUGCGUAUGAUUCUUCGUCUUUAUCAUACCAUUGUCACUCUUUAGCCGGUAUAAGUAUCGCUUAACAUUACAUCAAAUGACUUUUGCAAAAAAGUAGUAAGUAUUAGGUCAAGUUGGUGUUACUGUAGUGUUCUAUUAGGGAUGGGAAUAGAGUUGUAAGGAUUAGGAAUAGUUUAGAGUAAUUCCAUGCCAUUUCAACACAGGCAUGACACCCACCCUCUCCAAAUUUCUUUAUAUUUUGCAGGCAGUUAACAUUGUGUGGGAAUAGUUUAAGUUCAAAAUUUGAGCAUCGUAGCGGCUGCAGUAGUUUUUGAGAUAUCGCAAUUCGAAAUAUGGCCCGAAAAGCAAAAAAGUGGGCGUGGCCAGUCCUAAAUUCAUCAUUACCCUAUUUUACCUUUUGACCUGUAACUUCAUACCCGUACAUGGUAUAUCCAUCAAAAUUUGCACAAAUAUGUAUUUGUAUGUGAAGAUUUCAAAUAUUGCACUUUCAUCUUUGUAUCUGCAACCAGUAAUGUGUUAUGGCACAGCAAAGAGUCUAAUUAUGUGUUUCUGAAGACACGAAAUAUACAUCAUCUUUAUUGGAAAAAAUUUUAUGGAAGCCAUACAGACACAACAGUACUUUUUAUUCCACAUCAUAUCCACAUGCUAUUCUACUUUUAAGCAAAAUUUGGUGAUGGUUAGUUGCCUGCUUUAAAAAGUAGAGCCCUUUAAAGUUGUCGUAUUUUUUAAAUAACUUUAAUAGUACGUUUUGGAUGUUUGUUAAGAAUAAAAUACAUUCAUUGAGAAAUGAGACUGCCAAAUAGCUUAAUGUUUGAUUCUAUCAUUCUUUUUUAAUAGUACAUUAUGUUCUCCAAGAGUAACUGUUAUUUCUUGUAUCAAAUUGCCUUUGAUCAAAAUCGAUGCUGUAUAUAUAGAGAUCACUACUGUUUAUCCAUGAAUGUGCGUAAGACUUCUUGGUCUUUAGGCUGCAGUUUGUACUGCCUCCCAGUGACUAUUGUUGGAACACCAAUGUUAGAAAUAAUGUUCUCAUCCGAAACCCAACAAGUAUUAGUAAUUGACCAAUUAUUAUCAAUUAUUCAUCCAAUAAUCUACCCGAUUCUGAUUUUCUAUGAUGUCAUAAUUCAUUUCGAGAUUUUAAUGAUAAUUUCCAACGUAACAUGUUACUAGUAGCAACCAAAGUUUGUUAAACCUGUACAUAAAUGACACGCUUCACGUAUUAUUUCGUCGCGGCAACGGUUUGCUCCACACCUACUAUGCAACACGCUACUGUUCGCGCAAGAGAUUAAACAGUUGUUGUUUUCACAUAAAAAAGUGCAUUCAACGUGUAUCACCGCGCAAUAUAUAUGAUUUUUAAAGUGCGUAUUUUCUCAACAAUCGGUUUACACAAUCGGAAAAUACAAAUUAUUCUACCGAUUCCGAUUGUCUACCGAUAAGCAAAAAUCGAGGAUUCCGAUUAUAUAUAUUUUUUUAUUAAAAACAUCUUGUAACACGAUAGCUAAUCAACUAAAAAAAUAUUAGCAAGGUUGUCGUUACUUUUCACUAGGCCGUGUACUUACAGACAGUAUAAGAGAUUCCCAUGCACCCACCCUCCCCGAACCACCCAAAUAAUAUUAGAAAGACAUUCAAAGUUUAUUUUUCACUCCAACCCCACCCAGAUAAAAUUAUAUAAAAAAUUUAUUUCUUUCAUUCAAACUUUAGCGGCGGCAUAACCGAAAGUUCGUUUCAUUGAAUUUGUUUUUGGCUUCAACAACAUCAACUUAUUUUUGUUAUUUUUUAAUUCAUAUCGAUCUCAAUUAUAUAGUUUAAACAUGUCCGAAAUGUUAUCGUGAAAUUGGCAUGUAAGUGCUUUUGAUACAUAUUUUAGUCGUUGCUCCGUCCUUCUUUCACCUAACGUUUUCCAAUCUAGUUUCUUUAAAAUAUCUAUGGAGCUUAUUUCAUAUGAAUCACCCGUAAUAACUUUUGCAGCUCAGUUUUGGAGUUUCUGAAGAUUGCCUCUUAAAGAUUUGCCACAGUUACCCCAAAUCAUCGAGCAGUAAUCAAAGUGUGGUUGGACUAAAGCUCGAUAAAGAUGUUUAAGAGUUUCCGUUGAAACGUAUGGCUGACACGAGUACACGACGCAAUUAUCGGUCAAUCGCUAACAAGUAUCCUCUUACUGGCCAGAAAUAUGAUCUUGCGAUGCACUUUGGGUGCAUAAACCUUAUUAAUUUUUGCAUUUCUUUGAUCAUUGCCAACUUCUUCAAUCAAACCAAGCCAUUUUUCAUCAUUUUACAAGCAUACAAUAAAAGCGUUCACUGAAAGUACAAUUGGUUCACGAGCAGGGGUAGAUAAGAAAUAAAUUGUAGUGCAUACUUUUGAUCCAUUGAUAUUCUUUUUGUGUAUGUACUAUUAAUAAAUAUGUAAUUUUUAAACUUUUAAAACAAAUUUUAAAUAUGCACUAUCAAUAAAGAAGGAUCGAAUGAAACAUUAAGGUAUUUGGCAGUCCCAUUUCUCAAUGAAUGUAUUUUAUUCUUAACAAACACCCGAAACGUACUAUUAAAGUUAUUUAGAAAAUACGACAACUUUAAAGGGCUCUACUUUUUAAAGCAGGCAACUAACCAUCACCAAAUUUUGCUUAAAAGUAGAAUAGCAUGUGAAUAUGAUGUGGAAUAAAAAUUACUGUUGUGUCUGUAUGGCUUCCACAAAAAUUUUUCCAAUAAAGAUGAUGUAUAUUUUGUGUCUUCAGAAACACAUAAUUAGACUCUUUGCUGUGCCAUAACACAUUACUGGUUGCAGAUACAAAGAUGAAAGUGCAAUAUUUGAAAUCUCCACAUACAAAUACAUAUUUGUGCAAAUUGUGAUGGAUAUACCAUGUACGGAUAUGAAGUUACAGGUCAAAAUGUAAUAUAGGAUAACGGUGAAUUUAGGACUGGCCACGCCCACUUUUUUGCUUUUCGGGCCAUAUUUCGAAUUGCGAUAUCUCAAAAACUAUUGCAGCCGCUACGAUGCUCAAAUUUUGAACUCAAACUAUUCCCAGACAAUGUUAACUGCCUGCGAAAUAUAAAGAAAUUUGGAGAGGGUGGGUGUCAAAUCAGUUUUUUUUGUGUUGAAAUGGAAUUACUCUUUAGGCAUACGAAAGCGCUUUAUUUAAUUUGUGGUUGUUAAUAGGAAUAUUUUUACUCGUUCAGCAGUAUUGAUCGUUCUAUUUUGCAGUCAUUACUCCAAAGACAUGCUCAUAUUCACGACGAAAUUGAAGCAUUCAGAAGUGAUGUGAAGAAACUGGAAGAACAAAGCCAACUCAUGAAUGAGACAAAUCAGACGAAAAGGAACGAAAAUAAACAAGUAAAUAGAAAUUGGUUUCUUUUAUAAAUCUACUGAUAAUACAUCCUACUGUACUAUUAUAAUAUUUUGCCUGUCUGAUGUCAUUUUAAUUAUCUUAGAUAUUUUUUCUUGGGCACCAGGUGGCUGCAAAUGUGUUUUUAUUGAUGCUACUGGAUAGUAGGGAAAGUAGGGAACAUUUUUUGGGGGCAAUUGACCAAACAUAAUUUUAAUGUAACUCAUUGAUAAGCUGGGGUAAAUUGGUGUACAAGUAAGAAUUGCUCCAAAUUCUAAUGUUUCUGUAAUUGUGUACUGCUGUAGGAUGAUGUUGGAGUUGAUUCGAGUGAGCCAAGUUAUGAAACGUUUUAUGAAGAACAAGAAAUAGAAUUGGAGGAAGAAGUGGAGGAAGUAAUUGAAAAAGAAGUAAUUAAAGAUGUUGUCAAGGAAGUGAAGAUUCCUCAAGCUAAAGCACUUUAUCCUUUCACUGGAUCAGGAAUUACUAUGAAUAAAGACGAAGUAAGGGCUAUAUUUAUGGCUAUUCCCACCAUACGUCUUAAGUGCUUCGUCAUUUUGUUGUAUUAUAUGCUUACAUUAUCAUAACGGUGGUAAUGCGAGCUUUUUUGUCGGUCAGGUUACUGACUUUUUUCAGGGAUUUGUUGUGUAACCACGUUACCCUGUGGCCAUGACAGAUUCGCUGGAAAAAAAAUUGAAAAUCCACAGAAGGCCAUAGAAUGGAAAUUGUAUGGACAUUUAUUGGAAGUAGAAUGGAUUUUGAUUAUCCAUAAUAAUUGUAUACUACCAUGCAGAGACGCCGGAAUAUCGAUAAUUGGGGGAGGGGGGGGGGCAGAUAUUCAUAUAUUCGUGUUCUGCCCAAUUAAUUUCUUUUGAAAUCGAUUGUUUUUACAGUCUGUGAACACGAAUAUAUGAAUAUCUGCCCCCGCAAUUAUCGAUGUUCCGGCGCCUCUGCUACCAUGCAGAUGCUAUGGAUAUAGUAUCGAAAUAGUAUGGAUAUACUAUGGAUUCAGUGGUGCAAUUGCAAAUUUCAUAGUAUGGAUUUCACAUUUUUUCCAGGGAUCAUCACAGGUUUUUUACAACAAGAUUGUUUGCCCGUAUGAGUACAGCUUUUAUAUCUGACCGCUUUUGUUUUGUUUAUUUUAGAUCUUGUAUGUUUUAGCAAAAUCAAACAAAGACUGGUGGAGUGUAAGGUACUACUAUAGCAGAUACAAUAAUUAUACAAUUUUCAACGAAUGGAACACUGUGGAGAUCGGGAGGAUGUCAAGCUACUUCAAACAUACAAUUUCCUGUAUAAUGGCUAAAAGAUUAAUUCUCUUUCAGGCGCCAAACUUCCCGCCAGAGUGGUUACGUUCCAGCGAAUUACAUCAAGGAAAUUGAACCAAGGGUUAUCAAGAAGAUGGCGAAAGAGACGGUGAUGGUGCCAGAAACUAUCAAAGUGAAAAGAAAAGUUAAAAAGAAGAUACAGGUGGAAAGAAAACGAGAAGUUGAACCGAAAAGAAAAUCUCCACCAGUUUCUUCACGCCUGGGUAGAAACAGAAGUAAGUAAACAUCAAAUCUUGUCUUGUGUGCGUUUUGGUGCGUGGUUCUUUUGGUGUAGAAUGUCUUCUGAAAUAACCUUUUGGUUUCGAAGAUAAAAGUAGACGUGGUGUGAAGCGACAUUUUACCGCUCAUUUUGAUCGAGAUAAUGCCGCCGUAAGACAGUUGACUCUUGGAAAUAUGUACCAGAAGUUACUGGAGUUAUCAGAGGUUAGUUUGUUUUAUUGUAGCUAGCAUUUAACUUACUGUAUUUGAUAUGGUAAUAUUCAAACAUUGAUUUCGUUUCACACAGAUAAGACAAGAGAAUUUGAAAUAUUCGCAGAAAUAUUUUCGAUUCUGUCACGAGAGCGACGAACUUGAAAUGUGGAUUGCGCGCAAGGUAGAAAUAUGUAAUGGUGACUUUUUGUGUUUUGUGAAUGUAUUUCUUGCACAAUCAUAAAGCUGGAAGACAGUAUUACUUACUUGCUGACUCACAGUUUGAGGGUCAGAAAAUUUUUGUUGUUGGUAGCACAAUGAUGCAUACACCAUUUCCAUCUCUGUGAUUGUGGGGUUUAAUUCCUGUAAUAUGCAGUUUGUGUCUAAUUAUAAGUAAUUAUUCGCUUAUAGGAAAAGUACUUCCAGUUUGAGACUACAGGGGUAUCAAUUUCCAAAUAACGCCCACGAUAUAUCUUUAUUUACAUAGGAAAAAUGGUUAAGUACUGAAGCCGUUUGUGGUGAUGACGAAUAUUUUACAGCUAAGAAGCGAUUAGAGGUGCGGUAUUAAAAGGAGUUUUAAUAAUGUGUGUGAGUAGUAAUGCUGAUCCUUGUAUUUUUCACCCACGUAUAGAAACUUGUACGAGAAAUGGCCGCAAAUGCCAGUCGCUUGGACGUGAUUAGUGGCCUUGUGAGGGAACUACUUGAAUCAGAGAGACCUGAUAUUCACGAAAUUAAGAAUAGAAAAGAAUUCAUUGUAAAAAGGUAAACUUGUAGAUUAUUGAACAAUGUAUGGAUUUAAGCUUUAUGCUGGGUGACUCCAUCAGCGAAUGCUGUUCUCCCUGCGGGCCCUGAAGAGGUUGAAUUUAAUGUGGGUAAAAUGUUUUUAGGUGGAGUAAUUUAAAGAUCCUUGUGGAGGGAAAGAUGAAUGAAUUGGAGGAGAAACAUGGGUGAGUAUUCGUAGAAAAAGAUCUCUUCAACUCUUUAAUGGGAUUGAAAAUGUGGUGGCACUUCUGUGACAAGUGUUUGAUUCCACCAAUAUGCAAUUGUCUGAUUGUAAUAUCACUUGUGGGAAGAGUACAAUAAUGUAGUUCCAGUUUGAUUGCAGGGAACUGUGCAGCUUUUCCUUCUGUACUCACACUGGAUCAAUAAUGAUGGCCCUUACAAAACUGACAAAAAUUCUUGUUAAUUCUUAUUCGUAGUGCUCAGUUGUUCAACAAUUCCUGUGAUGAAUUGGUUUCUUGGAUGAAAGAGAAAGAGAACAUUUUGUCUGGAAAUAUUCACGAUCUUGAUUUAGAAACUGUUCGGAAACUUCAACGCAAACACCAGGUCAGUAAGAAAAUUUUUGAUGUACUGUACUGUACUAUACAUAAAUUUAAAUUGUAUAAUGUUAAUAAAUUUUUUACAUUUGAUAUUAAUAUUAUUUUCAUAGGACUUUGAGAGGGAAUUAAUACCUUUCGAAAAGAAACUACAGAACAUUAAGGAACAAGCUAACAGGUUGACUAUUUUCUUUGUUAUCUUAGAAAGUAAUGCUAUGAAUGUUUAUACAGUAAAAACUACUAACUACGCUGUACAAUUCAUCUUCACAGUUUAGUCCAACGUCAUCCAGGGCAGGUCAGUCAAAUUCGCAAGAAAGAAAUGGAAACACAGAAACUCUUCAACUCGUUAAAGGUACAGUACUUGGAUAUUCAUCUCAUGGAUGUGUUUGCCUUACGAUUUUGGAUGGUUCACUUCCAUGGCAGGAUUUUACAAUUUUCAUUCUGCUUAUGAUGUCAUUAAUUCAGCCUUUGACAUGAAGAGAAGACAGAUAUUUAAAAAAUAAGAGUUUUUGCUUAUGUUGUACAAACAAAUGUUUAUUUCACUCUUUUCAGCAAAAAGCUGUGAAACGAAGUACGUCGUUAAAUGAAGCCUAUGGUCAGCAAGGGUUUUUGGCUGACUCUAAAGAUCUGGUAAGAUUAGAUAAGCUGUUUAGGUGUUGGUGCCAUAGUGGUUAGUGUAUGUGCAUCACACCUCUGACUGAUUCUGUCUGAACAUUAUAGUAUUUGAUUUCUUGCAGCUCAACUGGUCACUGGACAAGAAGAGAGUGCUGGAAUUCAGGGAAAAGCCUCAAGAUAUUGAAACUGCGAAAAAGAUGAUUGAUAGUCACAAAGCGUUAUGGGAAGAUGUUAAUUCUUAUAAAGACAGGUCAGAACGAAGUAAAGUUUUAUGUGUGAUUGAAGCACUCAGACGAAAUGACAUUAUAUUUAUACUGCAUAUACAACGCGGGAUGUACAAUCAACAUAUACAUACAACGAGCUACACAGAUAUGAUUGUAAGACUGUAAAAAGUGACUUCGUAUAAUAUUACUACUUCUUGUCCUCGUUGUAUACAGCGUACUUACCAGCUAUACAGGGUGUAUCAAAAAAAACUGAACAGAUUUGAAAUUGCUCUCAAUUUCGCAAAACACCUAUUUGUAUCUGGUUUUUUAUAUAUAUAGCUUCUUUGGGUACUUAUAAUGUAAAAUAUUGAAAAAAAUUCUCGAUCUCAAAUUUUGUGAACCAGGGGGGUGUGUCUUUUGCAACAAACUAAAAAUGGCUCGCGCACAAAAUUUAAAAGCAGUAAUCAUAUUUUGAGUUAAUAGAUUGAAAAUUUGUCGGGUGUUUAAUUGUUGUACAAAAUUUCAGACAAUUUGGUUUAGUUUAAGCCCUUUAACUAUUCAUUUUGUUCUAAAAAGUCAGCCUUUCGCAUGCUUAAUUAAUGCCUUUACCUAAUUUGCAUAUUGCUGACAUAUGCAAAUUAGGCAAAUGCAUUAAUUAAGCAUGCAAAUAGCUGAUUUUUCGGGAAAAUUGUAACUUUGCGUGAAUAGUUAAGGGGCUUAAACUAAACCAAAUUGUCUGAAAUUUUGUACAGUAAUUGAAAUCCCGACCAAUUUUCCAUCUGUUAUCUCAAAAUAUGAUUGCAGCUUUUAAAUUUUGUGCGCGAGCCAUUUUUAGUUUGUUGGAAAAGACACACCCCCCUGGUUCACAAAAUUUAAGUUCGAGAAAUUUUUUUCAUUAUUUUACAUUAUAAGUACCCAAAGAAGCUAUAUAUAUAAAAACCAGCUACAAAUAACUGUUUUGCGAAAUUGAGAGCAAUUUUAAAUCUGUUCAGUUUUUUUUGAUACACCCUGUAGAGUAGAUCUGGAACAAGGGGGUAUCAUGGACUUUGCCCUCGGGAUAUUUUAUCCCUCGCGGUAAUGUUUUAAAAAUACCAUGGUCAUGUGGUACAAACCCAUUUACCUGGUUGGUCAAGUUAGAGUGAAGCGUAAUAUUUCAAUUGGUCUGUUUUAGGUUCGAUCAGCUGGUAGCCUAUGGUAAAACUCUUCUGAAAAAGAAUCCCAAGGCUGAUCGAAUACGAGACAACAUAGUAGAUCUCCAGGGCGAAUACCAAACGUUGGCUGACAUCUGGCAAAGACGUGACCAGGAAUUACACCAAGAUCUUGACUUGCUGGUAUGAAAUACUGUCUUAUUAUGCAUUCUUUUUUAUCAUUCCUUUUCACAGUAUUGCCGAAUAGUUUCAGAUUAAUUGUUGACUUCUUAUUUAGGUGUUUAUCCGUGAUGCUGAAAGAAUAAACGCUAUGUCGGCAUCUCAACUGUCUUACUUAGCAAACGCUGAAACAGGGGUAUGGUACACAUCUUUGAUUAAAUAGUAGACGUAUUGGUUGGGCCAGUGGCGAAGUCAGCCCGACAAAUUGUUUACGCUAUGCAAAUAUUUCCGUGUUAAUAGAUCGUGAAGACAAUCAAUUUCUAAAGAAAUGAAUAAUGAUUUCAAAUUUGCAUAGCAUGACCAAAUUUUCGGGCUGGUUUCGCCACUGGGUUGGGCGACAAUGGUAAUUGUAUGUACUAUAUCGUUCACUUUUGUAUACAUUUUAGUUGGUUUCCUGCAGUAUGUCCAAAGUUUCACCUUAAUAACAUACGAGGCGAAUGCUUUCGCAGGUUUCUGUAAAUCGCAAUACAGGACGGGUUCUAUUAUUUCAGCACCAGAAAGCAAUGUGAUUGAAUUAUAAAACCACGGUGUAACCAUGUGGAAUUAAUUUUGUAGGACUCCCUUGACGAGGUGGAAAGUCUCUUGAAGAAGCACAACGACUUUGGAAAGUCACUUGAGGCUCAAGAAGAAAAAGUCACUGCGUUAAAAGAAACUGCCGAUUGUCUGGCUGGAGCUAAUCAUUAUGACACCGAAAGGUACUGUACUGUAUGUACGGAUAUUACAACAUCUGAAUAUCACUGAAUAUGCCAUUUUAGGGUCGGUGUUUUCAGGCUCGGUGUUUUCAGGCUCAGGGUUUUCAGGUUCGGUGUUUUCAGGCUCGGUGUUUUCAGGCUCAGGAUUUUCAGGCUCGGUUGUUUUCAGGCUGGUGAUUUCAAGGGUCGGUGUUUUCAGGCUCGGUUGUUUUCAGGCUCGGUUGUUUUCAGGCUCGCAGUUUUCAGGCUUGGCUGUUUUUAGGCUCAGGAUUUUCAGUCUCGUUGUUUUCAGGCUCGGUUGUUUUCAGGCUCGCAGUUUUCAGGCUUGGUUGUUUUCAGGCUCAGGAUUUUCAGUCUCGUUGUUUUCAGGCUCGGUUGUUUUCAGGCUCGCAGUUUUCAGGCUUGGUUGUUUUCAGGCUCAGGAUUUUCAGGCUCUGUGUUUUCAGGGUCGGUUGUUUUCAGGCUCGGUGUUUUCAGUUUUAAACUGUUCUCUACAGUAUAUAAAGGCCCAGUGAAGUGGAGGCCUGCAGUGUUUGUCACAGGGAAAAAGGCAGUCUUCCCAUAUACGACUGUGGCAUUUCUUUUCUUUAUAGGAUCUUGGCGAGAAAGGAGCUGGUGUUAAAGAGGCGUGGAUCAGUGAAACAGCUUGCACAGGAAAGAAAGCACAAACUUUUGUCGAGCAAAGUUUUACACCAGUUCUUGUGGGAUGUAAACGAGGUAAGCAGCUUAGUUCUGCUCGAGCGUUAAGUAUGUUCUUCUUGCGAAAAGCCAUUGCUCGUAUCGUUGAUAUGUUUUUAAUGUUUACCAAAACAGACAUAAUAGCAAAGCUGCAGUAGACUUGUGCUGGCAGUGUGUUCAUGUGUUAGCAAUGUUUGCCGGUUCCCAGCCUGUUGACUACAGUAGUUGUCAGUGGCAUGCUUGCAACAAGUUGACAAACUGACAACAUUGUUACAACUGGUUGAAAAGCUUGCUACAAACCUGUUGUGAACUUAUCUUGUUGAGAAGACGAACGCAUCCUGUUGACAAGAUUUGAGAUUUUCGCGUGUGUAACAGACACAAAUCAUUAACAUUUCUUCUUUCGUUCCUGCAGUUCGUAUCUUGGAUAAACGAGAAACUGCUAGUCGCGUGUGAUGAGAGUCACCGCGAUGCAGCCAACAUUAACAAGAAGAUUUUAAAACAUCAAGCAUUUGAAGCUGAAAUCACUGCGAACCAACCAGAGUAUAAACGACUUUGCCAGGUAUAUUGUGAACAAUUUCUUUUACUAAAAAUUACUUUGAUUAGCCAACUUCACUGUGCAUUGUUCGUUUCAGAAUGGAGAAAAUCUGCUCGCUGAAGGCAAUCCUGGGUGUGAAAAUGUUUCUGAAAGAAUGAAGAAGCUUAAUGAUUUGUGGUCAAAUUUACUAAAAUGUUCAUCAGAGAAAGGAAUACGAUUGAAUCAAGCAGCCGACCAACUGAGAUUGACUCGACUUUUGGAGGAUGAAAAAUUGUGGUUAAACGAUAUGGAAACACUGCUCUCAUCUUCUGAUGUUGGCGAAACUUUGAUGGACGUGAAAUUUUUACUACGGAAACAACAGGUUCGUUGACUUAUUCGUGGUAUAGUGGUUAGCGCAUGUUACUCUGCAGUUUUUCUUCAACAUUCUUGUUUUCUUAACAUUGGAUAAAAACGAUGACCCUUGCAAUGACAAUAUACAUAUAUUGUUAGGUUAGUAAAGUUUAGUUUUAGAUUGAUCUCUAGUUUGUAAUUUUUCACCAGAGUCAAGAAAAUGAAAUACAGGUACACCAAGAAAACGUGGAGAGUGUCGAAGAAAAAGUUGCGUUCAUGCGACAACAGCAAUUCUUUGAUAUUGUGAAAAUUAGCGAUGAUGUAACACGCUACAUCAACAGGUAAGCUGAAUUACAGUACAUCUUUCGGAAGAAGUGUAAACGGGUCUUCACUAAUAUACAAAAUUACAAUUCUCUCUCUUAGGUUCAGUCAAGUUUGUGAUCUGGCCAGUGCUAGACAUGCUCAGUUGGAUGACUCCCUGGCAUUUCAUCAGUUUGGACGAGAUGUUGACGAUGAACUAUCCACCAUUCAAGAACAUCUCUAUCAUGUCUCAUCCAAGGACCUGGGAGCGAGUUACAUUGCGGUCCAAAAUUUACAAAGACGUCAUCAGGUUUAUAUUGGAGAUGUUCCCAUUUGACUACCUCGAUCUCACUGCCUUAAAAUACAUUUGAUUGGCUAAUCGGGUAGAUUACUGUAAAUGCAUCUGAUUGGUUAAAGUGCGACAAACCUCAAAUACGAUUUUUUGUAUGUGUGAUAUUUGGGUCAUUCGAAGACGAAAUGUAAUAUAUCUUUAUAAUAAAAAAUCCCAUCUUGAUCAACUUUUUCACUGUCAGAGUUUCUCGAUAUGAUGUCAUUUGGAGGAAUUGCAAAUUACUUUUCCUUUGCUGCUUUUUGUAUAAAAAUUUAUCUAAUGACAUCAUAUCUGGAACUUUGACAGUGAAAAAGUUGAUCAAGAUGAGGUUUUUUACUAUAAAGAUACUUUACAUUUCUUCUCAGAAUGACCCAAAUAUUACAGAUACCAAAAAGUAUGUUUGCGGUUAAUCGCACUUUAAAGGUAGCGAUAGCGGCAGUGGUAAUGGAAGUCAAAAUCUGAUCUCUGUAUUGGCUUUAAUUUAUUGUAAAGGGACAUUAGUUAGUUUUAAAUACUGAAAGCACCAUCAUAUUACUAGGCGUUUGAAACAGAAGUGGCAAACCGUCAACAGAGAAUAGACGAAGUUUUGGGCGCUGGUCAAGAGUUGAUUGACAGUGGUCAUUUUGCGACAGAUCAGAUUGAGGAGUGGUGUGACAGAUUGACCGAAUCUUGGGAACAGUUAUUGGAAAAAUGUACUCAACGGAGAAAUAUGCUUGGGGACGCUGCAGAGUCACAAAGGGUGAGAUGACGGAUGGCUCUAUCAUUCCUAAACUCUUUCCUCAAGAGGUCCAGUGUUUUACAAUACUGUACAAGAGAAAAUAGGAGUAUUCAGAGAAAUCCUGUCUGUCAGACCACCGGGUGUCCCCGCUGUUUGAUUUCAUGUAAUGUAAAAGCUAUAAAAUCUAUCGCAAUGGAAUAAAGAUCAUUGCAUUCAGAAAGGACUAACUUAGAUUUUGAUAUAUAACACUUGAUUUUGCAUGUAAUAUUGAGCGAGAUACAACCAAAGUAAAACUAUUUAUAAUUUAGCAAGAAUAACUACAUCGGUAAUAAAUAAGGUUGUUUUAUGCUAAUUUUUGGCAUUUUCAAAAAUAGUAGUUCAACGUUGAAACAUCAAUAGCGCAGUAAAUAUUGUAUGUAAAUUCAAGUGCUAUAUAUUAUAAUCUAAGUUAGUCCUUUCUGAAUGCAAUUAUUUUUACUUAGUAACUUGGUAGGACAUUGGUUGAUGUAACAGAGAUGUCUGUUACCAUGAUUAGAUUUCUGCAACAUGCAUUGUCUGAAUACAAUUUCGCCUUUGAAUGUUGGGUGCUUCUACCGGCUAUCCCAAAAACUGGAUACUGUUUGACUUCAUGUUACGUAAAAGCUAUAAAGGCUAUCGCAAUGUGCACUUGUUCAUGAACACGGGACCAAAGCACAACCUAUUUCAAAUCUUAGUACAUUUGCAUUAUUUAGUAUUUUACCGAGGCCAACGAAGCAGAUUCGUGGAUGAAUGAAAAAGCUGGUCUCGCCUCGAACCAGGAUUAUGGCAAAGACGAAAAGUCUUGUCAAAAACUGCUUGCAAAACACAAUGCCUUGAUAACUGAUGUCGAAAGUUAUGGCUCGGUUAUCGACGAACUGGCUAAAGAAGGAAGACGAUUGAUUGAAAAUAAACAUUUUGAUUCUGCUACCAUUCAAACAAGACAGGUAUGGAGGAGUGUUAUAUGAUUACUCAUGCAUACAUUAAAAAGUGAGCUGCAGUGGUUUGUGUCUAUUGAAAAAAUUAAAGACACCGUUCAAGGUUUUGAGAGAAGGACCUUGUAGUUGUUAUAUUACUAAGCAACUCCAGACGAAUAGCUUUCUGCACUUUUUUUUAUCUUUUUCAGGCAGUUGAAACACAAGUCAAGGCACUUUGAUAAAUUUCCUAAUUUUAUACCUUCGUAUAAUCUUUGAAAGGAAAAGAAAAUUUAAGAAUAAUCUGAAGCUAUAUUAUGAACAAGGGUGUGAAAGUUUUGGAAGAAAAAUUAAAAUAUUUUUCCAUGCAUUUAUAGUAUAUCGAUGCUUCAUUAUACAAGAAGGAACGACACUUGUAUGUAGGUUAUAAUGUCUUUGUUAUCACCAGUCAUAACUUCGUCAUAUUUUCAUACUUUUUAGUUGGACCUUGAUGAACAAUACCUUGGUUUGAAAACUUUGGUUACAGUGCGGUUGAAUAAACUUAACGAGGCAAAUAAACUAUAUCAGUAUUUAAAAGAAGUCGAUGAGCUAGCAGAUUGGAUCAAUGAACAGAUACAAGUAGCUUCAUCUGAAGAAUAUGGCCACGACUUUGAACAUUUACAGGUAUUGCAUAACAUGUGAACAUAAUCCCUUGUUAUUUGAAUUCGUUAGAACUUGCACUGCCAUUUGCCAUGGAGAAUACCGUGGAGAACUUGAUGUGAAAUUAUGAAUUGGCGGAGAUAGCAAUGAUGGUGAAACUGGCUAGGUGAAUCGAUGGUGGUGGUGAUGAUGAUGAUGGUGGUGGUGAUGAUGAUGGUGGUGGCGAUAAUGGGGAUUAUGGUGGCAAUGAGUAUCAUGGUGAUGAUGAUAAUAGUGAUGUUUGUGGAAGUGGUUAAGAUGGUGCUGUUGGUUUUUGUGGUGGUAGUGAUUGUUAUGAUGCUGAUAGAAAUAUAUAAUAAAGCUGAUGAUGAUGUAAUCAUUGGUGGUGAUGAUGAUUAUAUUUAGACCUCACUUUUCAAACACAGCAUCAUUGAAGGACCUUUCAUACAACAUUUUUAGGAGAUUCAAGCUAAAUUUCAAGACUUCACCCAGACCAUUUCACUGAAUUCGGAGAUGUACAACCGAUGUGACAGAUUUGCAAAAGACUUAGUUGCUGAAGGUCACACAGAGACUGUUACGAUAAAAGAUGAACAGGAUAUUUUAAGGUUGGUUUUGCAUUGGUUCGACUUCAAGGCGUAUAAACACCUUUAUAGAUUAGGUAUGACUAUGCUCCUGUAUUACCUUAACUACACCUAUUUUUGUAUAGAUCGAUGUGGCGUCAACUUCAAGACCAAAUUUCUUCUCGUCAAGAGAGACUGCACAGUGCUUCAGAGAUUCAUAAAUUUAGCAACGACCUUGACGACUUGCUGGAUCGUAUUCAACAGAAAGAUAACUCUUUAUCUUUCGACGAUGUUGGCCGAGAUGCUGGAACUGUCCAGGCCUUACAAAGACAACAUGAAGUAUUUGAACAUGAGUUGAAACCAAUGGGAAAUGAAGUUUUGGCAAUACUGAAUGAAUCCAGACGACUUAAAGAAGCUUACAAAGGUUUAUUUUAUGUUGUAAUUCACGGACAGUGACACAUUUAGCUGUUUAGUUAUGUUUAGAUCUAUCAGCACUGUACCAUGCUCUCAGUUUUCUAAAGGCCCAGAAAAGUAGGAAACAUUUAAAGCUCGUCAGUUUCUUUAAUGUUACCAUCCAGGCCUUGGGAACAUUGCUUUGGAAACAACAUUUGUAAAAUGUGAUUUUUGUUGCAGGAAUAAUCCUGACCUUUAGAAAACAUGUCUAGGAAACAAUGUUUCCUAGUUUGCCCUGCUGGGCGCAACUACAGGAGUAUUGUACAACUGUGCAUGUAUCUUCCACUGCUCAGAUAACACAAUAAAUGUACAGCCGACUUGCUGCAUAAUUCAUGCCGAUUUCUUUCGUUGUUAGGUCAAACAGCUGAGGCGAUUGAUGAGCAGGAACAUUUGAUUUCAACAAGUUGGAAUGAACUGACACAGAAGUCUAAAACUAGAAGGAAAAAACUGGAGGAUUCGUUGCAGUUGUACAAUCUAAGCAGUACCGUAAGUAGUCACCAAACACUAACAUAACUAAAGUAAUUUUACUCAUUCAGGAUAAUUUUAUCAGAUCUCCACUAUUCUCUAUAGAGGAGUACGUAGUACCAGAGUACCCGAAGAAGCCCUGUAGUAUUUGAGUCAAAGUGGAAGCAUUAGUGUCAAAUUCUCUGCAUUUACAGCUAAUUCAAAAAAGGUUGUCCUUUGCAAACCUUAAACUCUAAACCAUAAACUUUAAACUCUAAGCGUGCAUCAUAAUGGGAGCAUCAUUUAAUCAGUUUAGAAAUCAUAUAUGGGGCGCAUUUCUUAGAGACAUGGCAAGUAUAUCCUUACGAAAACAAUUCAUUCAAAAAUAGCUGCAAUAUUUAACUACUAAGCUUGAAACUUGUGAUCCCAUUAAGCUUUGCACGCUUACGCCCGUAUUCUAAAAGCUCACUCACACUCAAUGAGUGGAAGUUCAAUCUCAGCUUCUCUUGAGCGUCAAUGCUGUUUUUGAAUAGCUGGAGGGCUAGUGUCAUACCUUACUAUGUGACUACUCACCCUCCAGCUGUUCAAAAACAGCAUUGACACUCAAGAGAAGCUUAGAUUGAACCUCCACUCAUUGAGUGUGAGUGUGAGUGAGCUUUUAGAAUACGGGCGUUAAUGUUUUUAAAAGGUUUAGAGUUUAAGGUUUGCAAAGGACAACCUUUUUUGGAUUAGAUGUAUACAAUCUAACCAUCUCAUUAUGUGGUAUGUAUGCAUUUAGAUUCGUGAUUUAACGUCGUGGUGUGCAGAAAUUAUCCAUUCAAUGGAAAUAGUCGAUGUUGUGGAUGACAUUCCGUCGGUGGAGUCACUUCUCAUAGGACAUGAUGAGAGAAAGAAGGAAAUUGAAGCUCGAGAGGAAAUGUUUGGUAGUGUCAUUGCACAAGGAGAACAGAUGAUCGAAUCAGGACAUCAUUCCAGUGAAGAGGUGAACAAUAAUUAAACAUUAGUUUUAUAAUGAAAAAAUCUUAAUCUUUGAUCAUUUUCAUCUCAUAUCAUAUCAUACCAUACCAUACCAUACCAUACCAUAUCAUAUCAUACCAUACCAUACCAUACCAUACCAUACCAUACCAUGCAUACCAUACCAUACCAUACCAUACCAUACCAUACCAUACCAUACCAUACCAUACCAUACCAUACAGGUACCAUACCAUACCAUACCAUAUCAUACCAUACCAUACCAUAGUAACCAUACCAUAUCAUAUCAUAUCAUACCAUACCAUACCAUACCAUACUAUGCCAUACCAUACCAUACCAUAUACCAUACAUACCAUACCAAUUUCAACUAAUUUUAUAUUAUCAGUAUAAUUGGAUUAGUGCAAGAUAGACAUAAACUUUUUAUUCGUUUACAGAUAAGUGAAAAAGUGGAGUUAUUGCUGAACGAAAGAGACAGGUUACAUGAAAGCUGGACGCAAUGUCAGACACAAUAUGAUCAAAUGUACGAACUCGCUGUGUUUAUGAAAGAAGCGAAACAAAUUGAAACAAUUAUGAGUUCACAAGAGGUAAGAUAUUUAUUAUUAUGAAUUACACUAUUCCAGUUAGCUUGAGAGAUAACCCACGCGACAUGAACUUUCAGAUAUAGUUACUAUCAAAUUCACACAGUGCAUAUCCAAAGACCAAUACAUGUCUUUUCUCUACGUACAAAAGUAGACAGUAUCGUCUCGCUGCAAAGUUGGUUGUGUAUACGAUUCCUGAACUUUUAUCCUGAUAAAGUUAAGAUAGUUUUAUCUGGUUCAUAAAUUCUAGCUUGUGAUGGCUGGAGCGGAACUUGGGAGUGCUGUAGACGAAGUUGAAUCACUCCUCAAGAGACACGAGAACUUGGAAAAACUUGUCUUAAAUCAAGAAGAAAAGAUAGCGGCUUUACAGGAAUUAUCUGACAACCUUGCAAGUCACGAACAUUUUGCUAGUGAUGUGUUAAGGGAGCGAGUAGAUGUUUUGUGUCAACGUCAUGAGAGGCUGCAGAAUCUGCUCGAGCAAAGACGUGAUAAUUUAGAAGAUUCGAAGAGGCUGGCCCAGUUUUAUCAGGAUAUUGUGGAGGUAGGAAUAAAUGCUUUAAAUUUUAACUGGAUUGGUGGGCACCUGGGUAAGCUGGCUCAGCCCCUAAAUAAAGACAGUUUAAUGUAGUUUAACUUCACGUUUACUGUAUCUUUUCAAACAGUUAAAUUCUUGGAUUACUGAGAAGCUUCAGACUGCUUCGGACGAUUCUUAUAAAGACCCAAGUAAUCUGGAAAGCAAGCUCAAAAAACACGCUGCAUUCUGCGCCGAAAUCACAGUUCAUCAGGAAACUAUUAAUGAUGUCAAAACUAUUGGAGACGCAUUAAUAAGUAACGAACAUUACGCCAGCGAUGAUAUUGCACAGCGACUGGAGUACUUGGAAAACCGCUGGCAAGAGUUACUGCAGUCGUCAAGUAUAAAAAGCCAAAGGCUUGCGGAAGCGAGAGAUCACGUGAAGUUCAAACAACAGGCUGAUACCUUGGAAAUGUUG